AUGGCUCAAAAAAGACAAAUGCUCGUAUUCGGUUCGAUAGAAAAUGGAAUGUACUCUUAUAGCAGUGUGACUGAUGAUGGAAAAAUAUUGAUACACAGUCCGACUGAGAAAAUAAAGAAAGAGCUCGGAAAGUACCCACAACUCAGAGAUGCAAUUAUUUUUGACGAUGAGGGAAUCAAAAAAGAGGAGAAAAAGAAGACUGCAAAGGCUGGUGAUCGAGGAAAUCAUAAAUUCCCACCUAUGAAACCAACUCCGUUUGUCCAUGAUAUCCUCGCAUACGCAACUAUGAAAUACCGUGCCGAACGUGGAAUUCCUAUAAUCGUAGAUGUCCAAAAUAAGAAACCAAUGAUAGUUCCCAGCUAUCCAAUCUUCACAAUGGCUGUGCAGAACGGCAAGAAGACAGUCAGAACAAACAGCAGAUGGUCUUGUUUCUGUGUUUUUAUAGUUGUUCCUGUCCUUGUUGCAGUCAUCUUUUAUUUUCUCUACCCAUUAUGCUAUAGAGUCGUCAAGCGUUAUUUAAAUUAA